AUGAAUAGAACUGUGGAAGCCCCCAACAAAACCAUCAAGAAAAUCCUCAGAAAGAUGAUUGAUAAUUACAAAGACUGGCAUGAACAAUUGCCAUAUGCAUUAUUGGGAUAUCGUACAACCGCCAGAACUUUAACCGGAGCCAUCCCAUAUCUGUUGGUCUACAACACUGAGGUGGUGAUACCGACUGAAGUAGAAAUCCCUUCAUUUCGAAUCAUACAAGAAGCUGAAUUAGACGACGCGGAAUGGAUCCGCAAGAGGUAUGAACAAUUAGGUUUGAUAGAUGAAAAUAGGAUGAUUGUCGUUUGCCACGGUCAGCUGUACCAACAAAUAAUGGCGCGAGCUUUCAACAAACAUGUAAGGACUAGACUUUUUCAAGUAGAACAAUUGGUGCUCAAACGGAUAUUCCCAAAUCAAGAAGAAUACAAAGGGAAGUUCGCGCCAAACUGGCAAGGUCCUUAUAUGGUGCAAAAAGUGUUAUCAGGAGGAGCAGUUGUCCUCGCUGAAAUAGACGGCCAAGAGUGGCUGAGAGCAAUCAAUUAA